CGGGAGCGCAGCAGCGUGCCAGAGCGUCUUCGCGAGCGGACGACCCCACAAGAGGAGAGUAAAGAAAGCGAGAGCCCGAGUCAGGGAGGUAUACUACCUAGCAUGAGUCCGAAACGAUCGCUGAUCGUGGCUGCUGCGGCCAUCCUGCUGCACGUCGUCGGCGUUGCUGGAGCCGACAAGAAAUACGAUUCCAAAUACGACGACCUCGACGUCGAGGCGAUCCUCCAUAACGAUGCCGAACGCAACAUUUACUAUGCCUGUUUCAUGGAUACUGGACCCUGCCCUAAUGAGGCUGCCAUCUUUUUCAAGGGUCAUGCGCCGGAGGCUGUAGUCACGUCUUGCAAAUACUGCACCCAAAAACAAUUGGAAAUGUUUGAAAAGAUAGUUAGUUGGUUCGUUGACAACAGUCCUCAAGAAUGGAAUGCUUUAAUCGAAAAAACUAUCAAUGAUGCCAGGAAACAAGGACUCAACUUUUAAGCGAUGUGAAGAAAAAUAAUGUAAACUACGCCUUAAUUUUAAGAUCAAUACUUAGCGACGCAUGCCUCAUUUUGUAAAUUUCUGUCGGUUUACCACCAGUAUUAUUAUUUAUACACGCUUAUAUAUUAUCAAUAAUAAAUAACAAAUAAGGGAACUGAAUUAUCUCUGUUUAUA